CAUGGACGGCGAUCGUAUGAAGACGAGGAGGCGGGGGAGAUGACGAUGCUUGUGGAUAAGCACCUCAUCCAUCACUUUCGCACCAACGUGCGUUGUCUCUCCUGAUCGAGAAGACCGUCGAUCGUUUCAUUGAUCUCGCCUGCCUUUACGCACCAGUACCGAGGUGAAAUAAUCGUUGGUUUCAUGCUGCUGGAUGAUUGAAAGAGGAGAUACGGGUUGCACCUUGGAUUGAGGGAUUCUUGGGUCUACAAGUGCUUAUUUUAGGAAAAGAUGAUUUGUGCAAGAGUUGAGAUCGAGAAGGUAUCGCAGACCUCCUAACUCGAGGAUGGAUUUCUGGUGCAGCUGACCAAGAAAGUGUGCUACACUGGACUUACCGGCUGAACGGUGCUUCACUUUUUCCUUGCAAUCGGACAUGAAAGGUGUAAAGUACUCCAAAGAUCCUCAGCUCCGGCUCAUGCAAAGAGGACUUCUCUCUCGAUGCUGCGUACCACCUUCAUCUCUGACACCGGUGCUCGACGACAUCGAUGCAACAUGCCUGCAUCAGCCACUGCCCAACCAUUACCCCAAAGUGAAGCCCGUAUUAAAGUAAACCUGCGUCCAAACGCUGCGGUAUAGAUGAUGUCGGUUGCCAUGAUGCAAAGCUCGUCCGCAGCUGUCUUCGACUCGGACAAGUGCAGCCGGACGGCGCCGGUGGAUCGAUAUAGACGGCAGGACGAUCCUCCUCUGGCGGUCGAGGAAAGCCACGCCCAGGAGCGGCCCGAACAAUUCGACAUAUGGAGCGCGAUCCAAUCGCGGGAGGCGGCCGCCGCCGCCGCUGACCAGCCGGCGGCUCCUUACGUUCAUCCUCUCGCUAGGCGGUCUUCGAGCCUGUUGAGCCAGAAGAGCCUCGAGAUCUGCACGGAACGCCUCGGAUCCGAGACCGGCUCUGAUGGCUUCUCCUCCUUCAUGGACGACCUCGACUUCCACCAUCCAUCUAAGCUCGCUGGAGAAGAGACAGAGGAAGAGAAGAAAUAUGUGCCCUUCGAGAAGCAAGCAGGAGGAGGAGGCGCCAGGGAGCUAGCGUCGGUGAGUUCCCAUUGUUCAGUUGGCCGGCGGUCGCCACCGAGGUCGUUCCCCCCACCGCUGCCGUCGAUCUCCCAGCGCAACGUGCCUUGCCUCCACAUGAGGCCUCACCGCCUAGACGGGCGCCUCGUCAUGGAAGCCGUCGCCGUCCCUUCAAAGAACUACUUUCACGCCCAGCGCGUGGACGGCCGACUCGUCCUGUCCUUGACCGACACCACCUCCGGAGACAAACCUGGUCACGCAUCCGAUGCCACUGAAAUUACACAACCACAAAUGCCAGAAGACGUCGAGCAAGAUAACGAAGAUACUGUAGGGAACGAAACGACGGAAAUAACACAAUUGGAGGAGGAGGAGGAGGAGGAGGAAGAAGAAGAAGAAUUAGAGGAAACUAACCGAUACGAGGAAGAGGAAGAAGAAGAGGAAGUGGAAGUGGUGGACAGGGGAACGAUCGUCGAGGUGAAGGUAAGCACGCAGCCCCAGCAACAGAGCGGCGCCAUGAAGGUACACCGGUCCUCGCUCGUCAUCAACAAGUUCGUGGGCGGCGCUCCCCUAACCAGCAUGACCAAAUGCGAGCAACCUGUUCCAUCAACCGUGGUACCCAGGCGGGCAUCGCCGACGACGACCACUGCGGCGGCGGCGGCGUCCACGCUCAGCGUCACCACAGAAGGUUACAACGACUACGGCUACAUCGGGCUGUGGGCGCCGCUCGGCGGCCACCACCCACCGCUCGACAACAAGCUUCUGUUCACUUCCAAGCGGCGGAACCGCGGGGAGUUGCUCCACGACAUGAGAAGGUGCAGCCAGCUGCGCAGGCCAUUGUUCAUUAGGGAGCCGUGUUGCGCUGUCACCUCCACUUGAGAGGUGAUCACGCAAAUGCUCAGAGUCUCACAACGGAUGCUUCCCGCUGUCUUCCAAGCCGCCGACGACUAGUGAUUACACAUAAGCUAUAAGAUAUCGAUACUACAAGCCCAGUAGGCUCCCUGUUUGGUUUCUCCGGUAUCGUGGUUUGUCUUCUGCUGUCUCUUCUUUUUCUAACCACACCAUUUUCCAGCCGGUGAUUGAAUCUGAUACUAUCCAAUUUGAUAUCAUUACGAUUAGACUGCUCUGAUAUCGUUCCUAGUUUGGUGUUGGAAUCAGAGAGGAACUUUUGGAAUCCGGCCGCAGGUCUUGUUGUCUUCUAGUGUAAUGAAAUACUAAGCAUGUGGUUUUUGAUGUCAA